UUUGAUCGUUUUUGAAGGAAAAAAAAAUUCUAAAUCGAUUUUUAGUCUAGUUUGAAGAAAUUAAAUUUUGCCCAAGUCUCUUUCGUGUUCAUUUAAGGUGAUUUUCUGACAAAAAGGGUGAAAAAUAUGGUGGCUGAAGCCGAGGUUGUUUGUCAACAGAGCGUGCCGGUGUUGGACGUUUCGUUCUUUCAUAAAGGAAGUAAUAUCGGGGAGAUUGAUGAAAUCGUUGCGAUUUCGUCGCCAGUUUCUUCACCUAAGUUCCGACAAGUUCGUGUAGCUGCUGAGUCGGUUGCCGCCGAUUUAUCCACCGCUCAACUGGAUGUGAAAUCUUUAGAUGAAGUCCCAGUUGAAUCUACAGUACAGCAAUAUGUCCCGAGUAUCCGUUCGGGUAGCUUUGCUGACAUUGGACCGAGGAGAUACAUGGAAGAUGAACAUAUUAGAAUAGAUGAUCUAUCAUCACAUUUGGGAUCCCUUUUCAAGUUUCCUAAACCUAGUGCUUUUUAUGGGGUGUUUGAUGGUCAUGGGGGUCCUGAGGCAGCAGCAUAUAUAAGGAGAAACGCCCUUAGAUUAUUUUUUGAGGAUGUCGAUUUUCCCCAUUCAUGUGACGUUGAUGAUGAUUUCUUGGAAGGGAUCGAGAACUCAUUCCGGAAAUCAUUUCUUCUUGCUGACCUAGCUCUUGCGGAUGAUUUUACUGUGAAUAGCUCUUCUGGAACAACAGCACUCACUGCUCUUAUAUUUGGGAGGCUUCUAAUGGUAGCCAAUGCUGGUGAUUGCCGAGCGGUUCUCUGUCGAAAAGGGGAGGCAAUAGAUAUGUCUGAGGACCACAGACCUAUUUAUCCAUUAGAACGGAGGAGAGUGGAAGAGCUUGGUGGGUUCAUUGAUGAUGGAUAUCUUAAUGGAGUUCUAUCGGUUUCCCGAGCCUUAGGGGAUUGGGACAUGAAGUUCCCAAAGGGUUCUUCUUCACCUCUCAUUGCAGAGCCCGAGUUUCGCCGGGUGAUUCUGACAGAGGACGAUGAGUUCCUCAUCAUCGGAUGUGAUGGGAUUUGGGAUGUCAUGUCUAGUCAACAUGCAGUUAGCAUAGUUCGCGGAGGAUUACAAAGGCAUGAUGACCCUGAGCAGUGCGCUAGAGACCUUGUCAUGGAAGCCUUACGUCGCAACACAUUCGAUAAUCUCACUGUCAUCGUUGUAUGCUUCUCUGAACCUGAUCACUGUGAGCAACCAUCUCCUCGUCAAAGAAGAUUUUGUUGUAGCCUCUCUGCAGAAGCCCUGUGUAGCUUGAGGAGCUUGUUGGAUGGUAAUGCCAAUCGGUGAUCCUAAGUUUGAUUUCUAAAUAACAUUCAACCUGGAAUAUUAUAUUUAUACACUGUUUCUGGCUGCUUCAGUUAGAGAUACAUAAAAGCAGCUAACAGUUUUGCGGUGGUUGGUUUUAUAUUUAUGUUGGAUUACGGGUGGAUGUACAUAGAGAAUGGUGGUGUAAAUGCUGAUCUGAUCUAUUCAUGUGAGCUUAGUAGCUCAAAGACAUUCUUUGUUUCUUUUACUCAAAAUCCAGGUGCCCUUUAAUUGGUGUAUUUCAUUGUUCAUUCGUGAGAUAUAUAUAUUGUCAAUGAAGAACCAAAUUUCAAUUUA